CCACAGUAAACCUGUAUACAUCAAUUGUUGCCUAGGAUUCAAAAGGCGACAUAUGUAAGACCAUUUUUCAGAUUUUCAAGACCUACUAUUAAGAUCACAAUUUUUUUUUUUUUUUUUCCCCGACUAAUUUGUAUUGUAUUGUAUUGAGUAUAUGUCGAAGGGAACAGGGUAGAAUAUUACAUUUAAUUAAGAGAAAUAUCACAGUUUAUAGACAGAAAACCGGUCAGCUCUGUAAUAAUAUACUCUCUAAAACUAAUGUGUCCAGCAUGUAUUUCAAUAUUAUUGACGGUAAUAAAAUGUAACUCGCCAUAUUACUGCAAAUCUAUGCCAACUAUAAAACCGUUUGACGAAUCCCCAUUAGCUGUAAUGAGCCAAGACUGUCCUUGUUUUUUGGCAGUACUGCGUGUACAUUCUACAACCGAAAUUGGAGAUUUUUUUCCUCGGAUUUUAUUAUUUUUUUGGUUCAGGGCAUGGCUAUGAAUGUGACGUAUUUGAAGCAGGAUGGGCUCUGAAUUUUAUGAUGCGGUUGACCCUAUACAACAAACCGAGAUGCUCUGCCUCCGCAGUUCUAGUUUCCUGCGCUCUUCCAUCGAGUCCAAACAUCUUGAUUGGUAAACACUGCUGAAAUCCGCCAGAAAUGGGCACCGGGGAUUACAUCUGUAUAACAGUGCGCGGAGGAGCGCCAUGGGGGUUCAGGGUGCAAGGUGGCAAGGACAAAAUACAACCUUUACAGGUCUCAGAGAUUGAAGAAGGAGGCAGGGCUUGCAUUGCUGGUCUGUGCAAAGGAGACGAGUUGGUGUCAAUAAAUGGAGAGCCGUGUUCAGACUUUUCACACUCUGAAGCCACAGCUAUCAUUGAAAGCCUGGCUGACAGCCUGCAAUUGCUUGUGAAACGGUCUUCUUCUGGAUUACAUGAGCUCUCCGAUCCUGGCUCUGAGAAGGCAUACUUUGGUGAAACCAGUGCAUGUGUGGGCCUUGAGAGCACGACUCUGCAGAUCUGGCCAUCCUGCAAGGCCCCCACUCCGACAGAGCUUUACAUCUCUGAGUCUCAAGAUGAAGCCUACAAUGGAGAGACAGAGAGCGACACAGACCUGUCAGGGGGCACCAGGCAGGGCAACCCCAAAUUUCCUGGAACAGAGAAGGAACAUCCAAGGGAGAGAUGCAGCCUAGAACCUUCUAGCAGAGAAAGACAGAAGGGAGAAUUCCACCAGGGAGCGGUAGUGGAGCUCCAAUUGUCCCUCUCAGAUCAUAGACACAGAGACCCCCAGGCAGCUGCUGUCAGUGUUACGAGAGGUGAGAAAAGCAGCGUUUUCAGGGAAAAUCAAGAAGAGGACGGCCAAGAUCUUGAAUCAGCUGAUGCAGAGAGUAACAGACAGGAACCCAUCCGCACCAUCAAGACCCAGUAUGUCCGGUUGUCUGGGGUCAAAAAGCAGGUGUUUGGAGCAGACGAAUUGGUUAGCUCCUCAUCCUCGCUCGGCCGAGUGGAGAUGACCCGAGAGUGCUCCGCCUGGGACCAGCAGCAGCACCAGGGAGAGGAGGAGGUGGUAAUGGGGUGCAGGUCUGAGUCUGGUCUGAGUGGGUGUGAUUCUCAAGUGAAAGGAGGGCACACUGAAGCACCUCCUGCUUCUGUCUCCUUUGGAGUUUCAUCAGAAGGUGAAGAUCAGGGAGAAGAAGAGAGGGAUUCAGAGUCAGAGGAUCACAGCAGACCUAACAAGCACCGGGCAAGACACUCCAGACUCAGGCGAAAUGAGAGUCUGUCAGAAAAGCAAGUGAAGGAGGCCAAGUCUAAAUGUAAGCGCAUUGCCUUGCUGCUGACUGCAGCUCCAAAUUCCAGCAACAAGGGGGUGUUGAUGUUCAAGAAGCACCGACAGAGGGCCAAGAAGUACACACUUGUCAGCUACGGGACUGGAGAGAGCGAGCUAGAGGAGGGAGAGGAGGGUGAGGAAGGCUACAACGAUGCCAUCCAGGUCACUUUACUAGCCACCAGUGAAUCAGAACUUGACGAGGAUUUCUUCACUGAUGCCAGCGGCCGAGCCCGCAUUGUGACAUUUGAUUUGGAUACAGGAUUGCUGGAAAUAGAGAAGAAGCUUAACGACGAGGAAGAGAUGCAACGUCUGCCUGAGACCAAGGGCAAAGGAGCCCUGAUGUUUGCCAAGAGGAGGCAGCGGGUAGACCAGAUAACCGCUGAACAAGAAGAGAUUCGAAGGAUGGGGAUACCAGUGGAGGACCACAUGAAUGCCGAUACACAACAGAGUUCAAAGUUCACUCAAAGCACUUCUUACCAGAUGCAGGAGAGCUCUUACUCAGAAUCAUCAAUACAAACCAAAUGUCACAUGAGCGAGGGUUACAUUGAUGUCAAUCAGCAGAUGAAGUUGCAGCAACAGCAACAAAAUCAUGGCAACCCUCCUGGAGGGCCCAGUGUAAAUGGAGUCAAUGGGAGGUCUGAGAUGGUUCAUCACAGUUCUGCUUACCAAACAACUGAAUCCCAGAAGUCUAACGUUACCAACAGAACAGCCAGGCCCUUCACCAGUGUUCAAAACAGAGUGCUAGCACCGUUUUCCCCUACUAGAAGAGUGACCAGCCCAAUGUCAGAUCUGCCUACCCCAUACUACUCUUCUCUCAGUUCUCAAACAGAGAACAAGUACAGGGUGGUAAUACCUCCUGUGCCUGUCACUACUCACUCGCAAGUGUGGUCACCAACAAGUUCUGGGGAGCAGAUUGCAUCCCGAGAUGAACGGAUCUCAGUUCCAGCAAUCAGGUCUGGGAUUUUGCAGGAGACACGAAAAAGGAACUCUGCAAAGCCCAUGUUUACUUUCAUAGAGCAACCCAAGGUGUCACCUAACCCUGAGCUCCUGGACCUUCUUACCAAAGGGGACAAGCGGACCCCACUGGCAGGCUUUGAGUCAGGCCCAGAGGAAGACUACCUCAGUCUAGGAGCUGAGGCUUGCAAUUUUCUGCAGUCCUCUGCCGUCAAGCAAAAGACGCCUCCUCCUGUAGCUCCCAAGCCAUCUAUCAAUCCAGCCUCGCCUCCUUGGUCUCCUCAACCAGAUGUUUCCAACCAAGCGCCAUCUUUCCCUGUCCAAAAUGCUGUACUGGCUCCUGCUCCCGUGAGGACUGUGGUGGCUCCUCAAGCUCCCCAGUCAGUGGCCUCGGCUCAUUCAUGUUCCUCUAAAACACCACCCACCACUUCAGUUGGUAAUGUCACUCCAGCUGGUAGAGUGGGCCCAGCCUAUGAGAUGCCAGCCUUGAAGGGCAGAGGUGCUGAGCUGUAUGCGAGGAGGCAGUCUCGUAUGGAGAAAUUUGUGGUGGACUCCUCAACCGUGCAGGCCAACAAACCCAGAUCCCAAUCACCAACCCCAUCCAUGCCUUGCUCAUGGAAAUACUCACCCAAUAUCCGAGCCCCUCCUCCAUUGUCCUACAACCCCAUCCAGUCUCCCUCCUACCCCCCAGGGGCAAUCAAGGACCAGCCUCAGUCUGGCCCUACAGGGAAGACCAAAACCAAAGGGAAAAAAGCCACCAAAGUCCUCAAUGCUUUGGAUGUCAUGAAACACCAACCUUAUCAGCUGAACUCCUCUCUCUUCACCUAUGGCCCACCCACUGACGCCAAAGCCCAUCUGCCCAAAGUUGCCCCUGCCUCUUUAAAACAGCCCAUCAAGUAUGAAGCCCUGCCCCCUGUGAAGUCAGCUGGACAGAUGAACGCUACGUAUUCCACCCCACACCAGCAGCCCCAGGUGUGCAGAGGACCAUCUUAUGGGUUAUCUCCUUUGUCUCCAGCCGUGGAAGAUGGUUCCUUCCAGCUUCCUGCUAACGCCUAUGGAACCGCAAGCUACCCGCUGUAUACCAAACAAGAGUCAUCAUCAUCAUUAGGGGGCGCUAUGCUUAGGGCUCCCAAGCCCAAGUUCUCAGCCAAGAAGUCUGGAGUAGCAGCCCAGGGCGUUCAAUGGAGCCAUUCACUUAUCCUGCCUAGGACGAUGUCACCACCAGGCUACCAGCACAGCUCCCCCUGCACUAUCCCUGUGUUCUUAUCUGCUAACGGACUGGUAGAAAGACAAAGUUCUUUGCUAGAUAAAAACUACAAGCCACCAACACCCUGGCAGGCUGCAGCGAGGAACCCUCUGGGUCUCGUAGAUGAAGCUUUUACCUUCCAAAACAUCCAAGAGUCCAUAGCUUCCAAUGUUAUUUCAGCAGCCCAGAGGAAAAGACUACCAGAGCCUCCAGCUGAAUGGAAGGAAAGGGUAUCUUAUGCGCCACCUCCAAAAAGUGACUACAGCUACCUGGGGCAAGGAACUGCCCCUUUCCCGUCAAAAAGUGCCUACCCAACUCCAGCAUCCACAGCUCAGUAUGGGUCUCCAAUGAAAUACUCCUUUAACCCACAACGGUCAAUGACUGAAUCCAACAUCCAGUAUAAGAGUUCAGGAUCUCACUAUGGGAUGCAUGACAGGUCUGGGAGCGACCCCAAUUAUAAUACGUAUCCCAGUGCCUGGAGACAGUAAACAUAGAAAAAAAGGAAUUUGCUUUAUAAUAGAAAGUGUUUCAUACUAAUACUACAAAAAAGCAUUUCAGUGUCUAAUUAUAAAACAGUUAUAUUGUUUUAGUGAUAUAUAUUUCCGCUCUUGACAUCAAGAAGUCCCAGUGAGUAAGGUAAAUAAGAAAGUAGUGUAUCCUACUGGUUCCAGAGAAGUCAGAAGGCUCUACCCAAAAACUGAACUGUUUCACAGCAAAAGUAGGAAUCCACACAGUAAAUGAGAUGGUAAUGUGAACUUUUUAAAUCUGUAUUUAUACCAGAUUAAACCAUAUAAUAUUUAUCAAUAGUACAGGAAAUUACAGACAAAAAAAUGUGAAGAUAUUUGUGUGGUAUCAUUAAGAUAUGUUGUCAGUAUUGUUCUAGAUUGUAUUGGUAGUUUGCAGUUUUGUAUGGAUUGAGGAAGUUAUGUGGUGAUGAGUUCAGGACUAAACAAGAAGCAAGUUGACAAAAUUUAAGAUUAUAUGUACGAUAAAACUAUACAAUGCACACGCAGUCUCACACACAGCACAGCAGGACAUUAAAGAAGUGGUCUGGCUGGGUGGCACUGUCAGCUCAGCAUUGUCCUCGGUGAGCUCAGAACCUGACACUCUCUAUUGAAUUGGAAUACUAAGUCCUGGAUCUAAUGAAACUAGAUUUCUAGUUAUUGUGGCAGCAUCUAUGAAAAUAUUACAGCAAAUGUGUUCAAAGGAAUUAAUGUCAAAAAAUUUAGAAAAUAAUACAAACCAUAGGGCAAUCAUUGUGUUAAUUGUAAACACUGAGGGAAACAAUCAAAAGAUACACUUACUCUUGAUAUUCUAAAAUUGUAACUGAAACUGUAUAACCUAAUUCUAAUAUUGUAACUGAAUAUGUAUAAACUUGUUGUCCCAGGCCAUUUAAUCUGUCUGUGGGUGGAUACAUUUAUACUGUAUCUGAUAUGUUCUUGUUUACAAGAGCAACAAACUGUCUGCCAUAUUGAGUACAUUAUCACAAAAGCUACCUCUCUAGACUGAUUUUUAUUAAUCAUACAGUAUGCUCCCGAAAGUCCAUCAGUGAAAUCCUGGGCAAAUCACUGUAUAAGUGUUAUGUGAACUACAGUCAUAAGUUGGUAAUUGUAAAGUGUUUUGGUAUGAGUUAGGGUUGAGGAAUUGUUUAAAAUAGGACAGGAAAGAGGUUCUCGACCGGUGGGAGCUUUCUUAGCCAGAGGAGAGAAAGCGGCCUCAAAGGCAGGCUGGGAACUAGAAAACUCAUAAGAUAAAUUGGCUCUGCAGAGCCCACGACAGGCUCUGCGGUGUGGCAGUCAUGUAGGAGAAAUAGGCUCUUGUGCUGAAGAACAUGGAAAAGGAAUGAUAGAAUAGGGAGCUAGAAAUAGAGCCCGUUCUCAAUUUGAGGAAGAUAAAGAGCAGGGGCUGCUAAAGAAUAGAGUGUGAGAACCCCCCCUCAGUGAAGGCUUGGGUGGGGGCGGCCAUAGAGGUCAGGGAAGGGAGCCUCACUAACCCCCCAGAGGAGACCUUGAUGCAAUGGCAACGUGGGAAGGAGGAGAGGGAGAAAACUAAUGAAAACGCUAGACAGCGAGCUGUGUUAUUCAAAUUUAAUUAGGAAAUAGGAGAAGAUUGACAGGGAAAGCAGGGUUGCGCCCUGGAUCUUGUCCCCCGAAAACACCUAUAGACUAUUACAUGGAUGUACUUCCCAAACUAAAUUCCCUUUUAAACCUAUUUGUAUGUUAGACAUUCCCUGGAAAGCUGCGUAUACUAGUUAUUUUGAUUAUUUUUUAUGUAUCAGAGUUUGUAACAUCAAUGCAGUCACAGCCAAUUUUAACAUCUUGUUUUCUAUUUUCAAGGCACCAAUGGUCAUCAGUGGUUAACAAACAAACACCUUUCAAGGACACCUGUUUGUUUUAUCACUACUCAUUUCAUACUUAUUACAAUACUGGAAAUAAACAUAUUAAAUAUUUUGUUGAGUGAAAUACAACAUUAGCAGUUUCAUUCACCCCAAAUAUGAAAAUACUUAUUUAAGUAAGUACCAUCCAGCUAUUAAAUUCCUGUUUGGUGGGACACACCAGCUACCCAUACAGCGGUACGCAAUUCAGAACUGUACUGUCCUCCGACGCUGUCAGUUGUGGAUAUGGCUGCACAGUGGACUUGCAGAGUGAAAAAAAGUGGACGACACCCGUCUUGGAGGACGUGAGUGCUCAUCUUCAUCUCUCCCAAGUUAGUUCAGGCGUUGCAGCGGUCAACCAGGUUGAUUGGACAUAAUAAUUGGACAUUCCAAAAAAUUAAAAGAAAAUUGGAAAAUGAAUACAAAUAAUUGUUCAAAACAAAAGAAAAAUCCCUGUUUGGUCCUAAAAUAAAUGAUUCUAGAGAAAUGUAAUUGUGUAUAUUUAUAAUGUGAAAAUCUAUAAAACAACUUAUUGAGGUGAAAAGGGGUGGUCGACUUUUAAAGUAGAAGACAGAAAAAAUGAUGAUACGGAAUGAUUUAUUAACCCUAUGUAUCACUUACAUUGCUAUUGAGCACAAAUCUUUUUUAUUAUGCUUAACCUUUUGUUUUUUUAAAAAAACACUUAACUGUAUAAUGUUUAUUUUUGAAUUGCUAGUACUUACAUUAUGUACAAACUUACUGCUGUUCCAAUAAUUCCUCAUUAAUCCUGUGCCGCUGCGAUAUUUGAAUAACCUUUAAUAGCUGUUAAGAGGAAUGUCACAUGAAAAUGUUCACUGCAUGAGAUUGUUUUAUUAAACACUUCCGUAAAAGCUUAAAA